UCUUUUAUUUUUAAAAGUAAAUUUUAAAUUUUUUUCUCUAAUAAACAUUUAAACUUACCAUUUAUAAAAAAAGAAAAAUGAUUUCCUCUCUUGCCUCCACUACUAGGGUUUUCCUCUCCGGUUGGCGAGCCUCUCACUUUGGUGCUUCUCCUUGUUUUUUCAAGGCCCCUCCUCUUUAUUUCUUACUUUUGUUUCGAUCCCCUAUUCCCUUCUUGGAUUUGAAUUGCAUAUUGGUCUUGGGAGAUCUCGGGGAGGACUCUGGUUUGCAUACGGCUUUACCGUUGAUUGGAUCGAUAGGGGGUGGAUUGGCUCUGCUUUGGACAAAUGUUUCUCAACUGAAACAAUCCUUUGUUUCACAACCCCCUGUUGCUAUUGUAAUUGUUGAUCCGGGUGGUUGUCAUUGGAGGUUGAUUGGGUUUUUUGGCCGAAAGCAAGAGGAAAGGAAUGCGGUUGGUGAAGCCGAUAGUGUUCUGAAAGGGAAGAACUCUAUUCCAAUCGCUAAAGGGGCUCUCGUUCUCUUAAUGAAUUUCGGCAACAUGGGAUUAAAGAGGAUUGGAACAGUUAGGGCCGUGGUUGGGAGUUCAUGGAGACGAGGGAGGUGCCUAGGCUUGGAUGGUGGACCAUGCCCCUCUUGUUGACUAUUCCUCAAUGAAUAGACAGGGUGACAACUUGUGAGUUGGAAACUAUUUAUUGUUGAAAUCCCUUGCUCUCCCAUGAAACUGGUUAAAUAGAUGAGGACUUGUCCA